GUCUUUUUCCUUUGCUUUGGUUGACUUUUGUUACUUGGUUGACUUUUUGCUCUAAUCAUUCAUAAACGUAAGAGUAUUCUCUCUAACACAUAGAUCCAACUUGGUGUGUGAGAUGGGGAACAGCAAGAACAGGCCUCAAGUAUUCAUCAACUUCCGAGGCAAAGACGAGCGGCAGAAAUUACUGCCACAUCUCAAACAUCAUUUGAAAGACAGAAAUACGAAUGUGUUCACGGACGACGACGCUGUUGGAGAACCGUUAAAGAAUCUCUUCAAACAUAUCAGAAGGUCCAGGAUCGUGAUCGUUAUCUUCUCAAUUAACUACUUGGAGUCAGAGUGGUGCUUAGACGAGCUGGUUGAGAUCAGAAAAUGCUUAGAGACUGAGAAAAUUGACUUCGCCAUACCAAUCUUCUAUAAAGUAGACUUCCCACGUCAAGCAACAGAGCGGAAACUUUGGAAAAAAGUUCGUAGCCUUACAGAAAAAGCACCGCAGUUCCAGGAUCAGGAGAUGGAAGAAAGCGUUGCGAUACGUAGCUAAAUCAAUUGGACUGACUUAUAAGAAAAGAAGGUCAUGGUGAAAAGAUUAGGUUUUAUAUGAUUUAUAAGGUUAUUAAUUUUAACUUUUAUUUUCUUGCAGUUCAAUUCAGAAUUGGAUUUCAUCAAGAAGAUCGUUGAAAUUGUUGAUUUAACAUUAACCAAAAUUUCAUCAAAGGAUAAUAAUAGCCUGGAGACGUCUAAGGCGUGUUUCUUAGUUCUGACUUCUGAUAUACAUUUACAUUUAGUAGUUUUUUUUUUUUUUUUUGAUGAAACAUCAUUUAGUAGUUUUUCAUUUGUCUAAAAUCAGACAUGGUGGCUAAAUUUUUAGGGAGAACCAUCAAAUCUAGUUGAUGUAAAUAAGAUGCUCAACUUGUCAAGAACAUUGGACACUCGGGAUCUGGAAAUAUCUUAUCGUCAAGGCUUCAUGGUUGGCUCUGCCUGGAAAGAUGGUAUUAUAUCGUCGAUGCAGAGCAGGAUCUACAAUUGGGGUGUUGAACCGAGGCCUUUAUUCUCCCGUAGGUUUGCUGCUUUCGUCCCAGCACCAACAUGCUACAGCAGGCCGUUGGAGCUUAACGUUCUUCCAGAUUAUAGACCAACAUUCUCAUAUUACAACAUUAUAUAUCAACAUCCCCCUUGGCCUCAUGCAACCCGAUACAGUAACGAACAACGUUUUCAACCUAUCAUGGACCAUGCAGUUGGUUCGAGUGCUACUUUUGCGACGUCAGAAGGCAUAACGAGUUCAAUUUCGUCGGAUUUUGGUAUAGAUCCAACAAGCAUGAACGAUGAUAUCGUUUUGACAUUAGCUUUUGCUGCGGAGGCAGAAGACAGAACGAGUUUUACUUCCUUGGAUUUCGACGAAUGCUCUACCACAACAAGCAUGCACGAUGAGAUAGUCUCGGGAUCUAAUAAUACGGUGACAGAAAACAUGACGAGGUUUAGCUCAUCGGAUUUGGACCAAUACCCUACCAUGGAUCCAACAAUCAUGCACAAUGAUAUAGUUUCGGCAUCUCAAGCUGGGAAGCGAGAAAACAAAAAGAGCUGUAUCUCAAUCUUGUGUAGCUGGUUCAAACGUUGUUUCUCUCUUACACGGGGUGCAAAAGCAGCUGACGAGGUCUAGUAGACUUGAAGCUACUCGUACAGUUGUACUUGUCUUCUAAGCAAAAGUUUCUGUUUUUUCUAGGAAAAGUUGAUGAUUACUGAUAGCCUCUACUGGUGACUGUUUCUACAAGUAUAACACCUUAUUGAGAGUAUAUUUAUAUCUUGUUUAAUGUCAUAGAAAUAUUGAGUAAUCAGAUAGAGAAUCUGUGCUAUAUGUU